AUGGACGCGCCCCGCCUCCACGAACUCCCGCUGCUCGCCGCGCUUCUGGCCUGCGCGCUCCUCGCGUCGGCCGCCAGCGCGCAGCCGGCGACGCCGCUACAGCAGCAGCAGCAAGGGAUGAGCGGCGACUCCGCGACGGAGACGGACCAGGACAUGCGCGUCAGCACGACCAUGAUCGCGCUCCUGGCCGCCGUCAUCGCGGUGUUCGUCCUCAUCGCCGCCUCCAUCAUCUACCUCCGCCACUGCACCGGCUACUCCCACGCCUACGCGGCCCGGACGUCCGACCGCGCUGCUCCCGCCGCCGACGUGUCGCUCUCCACGUUCCUCGCCCGGCGGCUGCACAGGCGGACGCGCGGGCUCGACGCGGAGGUGGUCGAGGCGUUCCCCACCAUGCGGUACGCGGAGGCCAAGGCGCUGCGCGUGGGGUCGAAGAAGGCUGUGCCGCUCGAGUGCGCGGUGUGCCUCAGCGAGUUCGAGGACGACGAGCGGCUGCGGCUGCUGCCCAGGUGCAGCCACGCCUUCCACCCGGACUGCAUCGGCGAGUGGCUCGCCAGGCACGUCACCUGCCCGGUCUGCCGCUGCAACCUCGACCCCAGCAAGGAUACCGGCAGCGACGACGAGCCGACAACUAAUCCUCCCCCGCCAGCGCCGCAGGAAGCCAGCAGCGCCUCCAGCGAAAUCCAUGCCGUGCCACAACGCCACCAAGAACAAGAACACGGCGCUGGUAUGACGCCAGCUGCCGUGGUGAUCGACGUGCUGACCGACGAGGAGGCGGAGCAGCGCAGGAAGGAGGCGAUGGAGCUGCAGCGGAUAGGGACCCAGCGGCGCGCCAUGCGGUCGCGGCCGAAGAAGGCGGCCGGGAAGGUGCUCGCCCGGUCGCACUCCACGGGCCACUCCGUCGCCGUGGUCCGGCUCGACCGCGACCUGGAGAGGUUCACGCUGCGGCUGCCGGAGCACCUUCGCAGGGAGAUGAUCGCCGCCGGGCAGCAGCAGAGCUCGUGCCGCGGACUGAGAUCAGGCGGGGAGGGAAGCAGCCGUGGCGGGCGGUCGGCGGGCAAGUGGCCGUCGUUUCUCAGGUACACCAGGACGUUGUCAGGAAGGUUCUUUUCGGGGCCGAGGAGGACGGAUAGCUCCGACGGAGGAGAGGUGUCGUCGACAUCGUCCACCAGGAUUAGAGGGAAGCGAGUGGCCGCGGUCGAUUUCGCCGACGGCUCUGCUGUGGGCGGUUCCAAAGUCGGCUCUGUGGCGGUCGAUGUGGACAAGGCAACUAGCCGGCAAGUUCGAGCGUAGAAAAGAAACACGACUUUUGGAUCUGGAAAAUGGUGUUCUUCCACACAUGGGGGAACUAACUGGUUUCUGUCUGUACUAUCAAGUCCAAGAAAAGGACUGUAAUCAAGGCAUGCAGUAAUUCUCAAGAAGUCCCAUUUGAAAAAAGAUAUCACGUCGGGAGCAAUGCUAACGACCUGUUACAAGCA